AUGCCUUCGCUCGCCAGCUCUUCACCGUUCUCACCGGCCGAACUCGCUUACCUCCAUACCUCGCUAUCCUCAGUCCCACCAUUGCGACCAGAUGCUCGGUCACUGGGCACCGAUUUUCGUCCACUGCGCGCAGAGACAGGCGUGCUUCCAGCAGUCAAUGGCAGUGCACACGUCGGCUUCAGCGACGGCCGUGAAGCCAUAGUAGGAGUGAAGCUUGAGGUUGAGAAAACGGUGGAACGAAAGAAUACGGGAUUGAAGUACCACGUGGACAGCGCGAUGGAUAUCGAUAUGGACGAAGACGAGCGCCGGAAACAAGCAAUGGGCAAACAGGAAUGGGUCACCCUUACACUCACCGUGCCUGGUCUACGAGACGAUGACCCCAAUUUGGCUUUUCUCGAGGAAAUGCUUCGGGAGCCACUCGCAGUGCCUUUAUCAACGGCGCCGCAGUCGGACAAUAGCUACACAAUGUCGUUGCAGGACAGCUUGGUGAUCAAUUCGCGGUGGCAUUGGCAUGUCUAUGUCGAUGUCCUCUUGAUCUCGCCCAACGGCCUGGCAAGUUAUCCACUCCCGCUCUUGAGCAUGGCUGCUCACCUUGCUCUCCGAGACACGAGAAUCCCCAAGCUCAAGAGCGAAGGAGAAGAAGACCCCGUUGCAGACGACGACUGGAUGGCAAGCACCUAUCUGUAUCCACGGAAAGUCGUUACUACCAGCCCAAGACCUCCAGUCAUCCUUCUCGUGCUAGUGGUGGGCGAGAACGUCAUCUUCGACCCGAGCAGGGAAGAGCUUGCUGUUGCGGACGGUAUUGUUGCCGUCAGCAUAGCAAGUAGCACCGACGAUGACAAAGAUUGCAAGGUGCUCGCAGUCCGUAUGGUCGACAGCCCAGCGAGGGAUACUAUGAAAGGAAUCCCUCAGUCCGAGGAGCCUCAAAAAGGUGUCGAUGUUCCCGGAGUCUGGAGACCGAGGGUUGGUGGUGUCAAGAGGAGUGUGCUGAAGGCCGUGAUCAAGAGUGUCGUUGUCGAUGGCGUGGCGCGAGAUGUUAUGAGUGGCCUGGACGGAUUCCUGAAUCUCGAAGAUGGUGCAGAUGCGGGCGCGAAUGCUGUCUGA